AUGCCCGUGGUUGACCAUCCCAUCCUCCCCGUCAAGGGCAAGCGAAACGUCCUCGUCACCUCGGCCCUCCCCUAUGUCAACAACGUCCCCCAUCUGGGCAACGUCGUGGGCAGCGUGCUCAGCGCCGACGUCUACUCGAGAUUCAGCAAGCUCCGCGACCGUCCCACGCUCUACAUCUGCGGCACCGACGAGUACGGAACCGCGACCGAGACCAAGGCCCUCGAGACGGGCCAGACCCCCCAGCAGCUCUGCGACGAGUUCCACCAGAAGCACAAGGAGGUGUACGAGUGGUUCGAGAUCGGGUUCGACUACUUUGGGCGCACCACCACCCGCAAGCAGACCGAGAUCGUGCAGGACAUCUUCCUCAAGCUGCACGACAACGGCUUCCUCGAGGAGCGCACCACGACCCAGCCGUACUGCGAGAAGCACGGCAGCUACCUGGCCGACCGCUUCGUCGAGGGGACCUGCCCCAGGUGCGGCUACGACGACGCGCGCGGCGACCAGUGCGACAAGUGCGGAGGCCUUUUGGAUCCCUUUGAGCUCGUCAACCCUCGCUGCAAGAUCGACGGCGCGCAGCCGGUGCCCCGGGACACCAAGCACAUCUUCCUGAAGCUGGACAAGCUGCAGCCCGACAUUGAGAAGUGGUUCGAGGGCGCGCACAAGACGUUCGGCUGGCCGCAGAACGGCGUCGCCAUCACCAAGGCCUGGCUGGCCAAGGGCCUGGAGGGACGGAGCAUCACCCGCGAUCUCAAGUGGGGGGUCCCCAUCCCGCUGCCCGGCUACGAGGAAAAGGUCAUUUACGUCUGGUUCGACGCGUGCAUCGGGUACCCCUCCAUCACCGCCAACUACACGGACCAGUGGGAGAAGUGGUGGAAGAACCCGGACGACGUCUCGCUCUACCAGUUCAUGGGCAAGGACAACGUGCCCUUCCACACCGUCAUCUUCCCCGGGUCCGAGAUCGGCACCGGCCAGAAGUGGACCAUGCUGAACCACCUGUCCACCACCGAGUACCUCAACUACGAGAACGGCAAGUUCUCCAAGUCCCGGGGCGUCGGCGUCUUCGGCAACCAGGUCAAGCAGAUCGGCAUCUCGCCGUCCGUCUGGCGGUACUACCUGCUGUCGAACCGGCCCGAGACGGGCGACACCCAGUUCGAGUGGCAGUCGCUUGUCCUGGCCAACAACAGCGAGCUGCUGGCCAACCUGGGCAACUUUGUCAACCGCGUCGUCAAGUUCGUCAACGCCAGGUGCGGCGGCACCGUGCCCGACUUCUCCGCCUCGUACGCGGACGACUCGUUCGACUUUGCCGCCUGGGCCGGCCGCGUCAACGCCCACCUGGCCGAGUACGUGGACGAGAUGGAAAAGGUGCACAUCCGCGCCGGCGUCAAGAAGCUCAUGGAGAUGAGCGCCGAGGGCAACGCCCUGCUCCAGUACAGGCUCGACAACGCCAACCUGGUGGAGCAGCCCGAGCGGACCAGGACCGUCAUCGGCCUCGCCCUGAACCUGUGCCACCUGCUCGCCUCCCUCGCCUCCCCCUACAUGCCCUCCACGGCAGAGUCCAUCUGCAGGCAGCUGAACACGACCCUCGGCGCCAUCCCGGACACGUGGAGCACCGACACCCUGAAGGGCGGGCACAAGAUCGGCAAGGCGGCCUACCUGUUCACCCGCAUCGACGAAAAGAAGGUGCAGGAGUGGAAGGCGGAGUUUGGGGGCAGCGCCGAGUCCCGAGCGGCCGAGGAGGCGGCCAGGAGGAAGAAGCAGGAGGACAAGGAGAGGGAGAAGGAGAGGAAGAAGGCCAAAAAGGCGGCCAAGGCGGCCAAGGCGGGCCAGGCGGGCCCUGCCGGCAAGGACGCGGAGCAGGCGGGCGAGAAGCCGGAUGGCGCACUGGUGGCUGGAGAUACCAAGGAUCUCCCCAUCCGAGCCAAGCCCGAGGGGCAGUGA